AUGGCACACUUCUUUCCAAGCAGCUUUGAAGACGAUGCAGUAGCAUGGUUCAAAUGCUUUCCAUCAAAUUCAGUUCAUAGCUUUAACGACAUUAAAACUCUCUUCAUACAUAGUUACUCCUGUAAUAUAAAACAAGCAGAUGUUUUAGAAAAUGUAUUCAGAAUUGCGCAACAACUAAAUGAAAGUUUCACAGACUUCUUAAGGAGGUUUAAAGCAGCAGCAACACCUGUAGAUAAAUCUCAAGAAAAAUUUAUAUGUCCAUUUUCCAGGAUCGCUCUACAAAAGGGUAAAAUCAUAGACUCAUUUUCUGGAAAAGUGCUAGAAUCUCUCGAGGAGGUUUAUCAUAAAGCUGAAAAAUGGGUCAUGAGAAAACAGGACCAAGAACUGUCACCUGAAGCAGCAAAACACAAAGUGUAUUUAGCUGUCCAACAUUCAGGUGAUAAAAGGACAUAUUCUCCGAGAUCGCCAGAUCAAUCCUUUAAAGAAAAGAUUUAUAGAGCCGAGUCAGCAGCACAAUGGCUAGAGGAAAGAAAACACUUUGCAAAGCUGAACGCACUUCCAGAGGUCAUACUGAAACAUAUGAAUAACAAGCCGCAUUUCUCAUCUCCAACAAAGAUGAGAAAUGAAGGAAACAACAAAUCUUUAUGUGCUUACCAUGAAACAACUGUCCACCAUACAAACGAUUGUAAAAAUAUGCUAAGAUUCAUUCAUGAUAUGGUGAAAAAAGGACAUCUGACUGAGUUCGUUGUGCAAAAACAAGUAACUCAGAACAACAAAUCUCUACCCAGACAAGUCAAGGGGAUGGUGAACAUGAUCUAUUUUGUGCCUCGAUCUGGACCCGAUGCUCACAUUGACCUAACAGAUAUAAAGAGGAAACUGUGUGAGUUUAACGUCACCUGCAUGCAUGCCAGCUGCGAAGGAUUGUUACUCCCAUCUGAUGACAUAAGGUUCACUGCCAAAGAUUUAGCAGGUGUAACUUUUCCACAUUCAGACGCCUUGGUAGUUGAACUUGUCAUUGGCGGAUGGGAUUGCAGAAAAAUCCUCAUAGAUCAAGGGUCAACUUGUGACAUUAUAUUCCUCCAAGAAGCAGAGAAGAUGGAGCUCACUAAAGAAGGAUCACUGAGAGCUAACGACUCAGCUAUUAUGGGCUUUAACGACUCAAGGACUUACCCGAUGGGUGAGAUCACUCUGACUGUGGAAGCCGGACCUAUCAAGAUAAAUGUUGCUUUCGUGGUAUUGAAUACCAAAUCACUUUACAAUUAA